UAUUAAAAUUAUAGAAUAAUUUCGAUACUUUCACCUUAUAUAAACUGAAUUAUACAAUUUCAUACUGUAAUUGUUACAAGAAAGAAUAUAGCCUAAAAUUAUAUUGCACAAUACACGCGGGAAAUAUAAUUAUUAUGAAGAAAAGAAAAACAAGGCGUCAACUUCUGGCUGAAAAAGAAGCUAUUGCAAGAAGCUUGGUUGAUAAAGCAAAUUCUGUGGAAAAUCCCUUAGAAUCUCUAAAUUUUUUCCAUAAGUAUGUGACAAAAGAUAAUCAAAUUAUUGAGCUCUCUUGUGUAAAAGCCAAAGAUGCACAGUCUAAAUGUAUUUUUUGGAUAUUUGAUAUUAUGGAGCGUAAUAUGAAGUCUUUAUAUGAACAAAGUGAUUGGGGUUGGGAUCCAGUUGCCAAGCAAAAAGAAUUAACAGAGCCAACAGCUUGGUAUUUAGUAGCAACUUCCAAUGACAAAUUUGUUGGAUUUUCUCAUUUUCGGUUUGAUAUAGAUUACAGGGAAGAAGUACUGUAUUGUUAUGAAAUACAAUUGGAAUCUGCAGUACGACGAAAAGGACUUGGCCAUUUUAUGAUGUCUGCACUUGAAUCCAUGGCAUCAAAAAACAAAAUGCGUAAAGUAGUUCUGACUGUUCUUAAACAUAAUCCAUCUGCUAUGCAAUUUUUUUAUUCCCUUGGCUACAAGAUGGAUAAAACCAGUCCGUCAACAUCUGAUCAAUUGGAUUAUAUUAUUUUAAGUAAGGCCGUUGAUAGUGGAACAGUGAACAAAAACUUAAAUUCAUUUUAAUAAGUC